CAACUAAAAUAUUUUCGCCUUCUCUUUCUUUCUUUCUUUUUCUGCCUCCAUUGACGAGUGUCAGCGAAUUUAUAUAUUUCACUAAAUUAGCAAAAUGGAGAACGACGCCGGCGAGUCUGUAGAUUUGUACUGCCCAAGGAAAUGCUCUGCUUCCAACAGAAUCAUCCACGCUAAGGAUCAUGCUUCAGUGCAAUUGAACAUUGUUGAUGUUGACCCCGAAACCGGCCGCAUGACUGUUGGCUCAAAGACCUACGCUAUCUGCGGUGAGAUCCGUCGUAUGGGCGAAUCUGAUGAUUGCAUUGUGCGUCUAGCCAAGAAAGACGGUUUGAUUACCAAGGCUUUCUAAAUGUAGAUAAUACAAUAAAGUGCAGUUUUAAGAUUUUAACUGAAAAAA